UGCAAAACCCAGAAUGGAUGUCCUUUUCACAGCCAUCCUCGUUGUGCCACUUAUCUUGGAUGACUUUAUUGCAAAUUUCACCAUUGAUUACUCCAUGUUUGAGGCAGAGGACAGGUUGCAGAGCACUCUGAACAAAGAGGUGACUACAGAAGCAAUAGAGACCACCAUUAGUCUUCAAACUCAACCUGAGGACAAGGAGAAUCCUGUAACCACGAAACCAUUAACAAUGGAGACACAGAGUCCAGAACUGAAUUCGGCCACUGGGUCCAGCUUGCUGAGUCCUCUCCUCCUCUCCCUGUCGUGGGCCCUCAUCCAGGGUGUGAUGUGUGUCCCAUAGAAGGUGAGAGAAGGCCACUUCCACUCUGUAAGAUGGGGGUUUCACAAGAAGAAAUUGGAAGAUAAAAUGAA